AUGCACACAUCAGCUUCCUACCAAUGCGUGCGCACUUAUCGCAAUCAACAGGGGCAUUGCGAUCCAUUAACAGUUGACUUCUUAGCUGGCCUCAUUGCAAAGAAGGCUCGCGAGUUGCUGCAACCGGAUUUUGGAACGCGUAAGAAGACCGUACACUUCGACUUGUACACACGACUCAAUCCAUACGUAAAGCAACGACUGAGCUCAGUUGAUCAUGGAAUCUUAAUGAAAUCGCACUUCAAUGCAAGUUGGCCUAUCAGAAUAUCUAUACAUGGUUGGAAUGGUCAGGCAACUACUUGCUCGAAUGCAGCAAUAAAAGACUCUUACUUAGCAAAAGGGGACUUUAAUGUCGUUUUAGUAGACUGGAGUGAAUACGCACUUAACAUAAACUACGUCCGUGUAAUAAAUGAAAUUUACGAAAUUUCACAAAAAAUUAUGAAAUUCACUAAAUUCUUGCAUGACACAUCAAAUGUUAAAUACAGUGAUAUGUAUUUAAUAGGCCAUAGCCUUGGAGCGCAUGUAGCGGGUGUAGCAGGAAAAUUGCUCAAACCACACAAAUACGGCGUUAUAUAUGCUUUAGACACCUCAGGACCUAUACAUAAAAAAUUAAAUACUGCUUGGCGGCUAACCCCCUCGGAUGCGAUUUAUGUAGAAUCAAUACAAACCGAUUUAAUGGUAAUGGGAUUUCCAUCUGCAUCUUUAGCGCACGCGUCAUUCUAUCCUAAUUGGGGUUUGAGACAAACACAUUGCCCGAAUGCAACGGCUAUGGAGCCACAAUUCACCUGUGAUCAUUUUGGUUCAUUAUAUUAUUUUGCAGAAUCUGUACAGAAUAACAGAGCAUUUGGAGCCAUACGAUGCAAUAACUUCCAAAGUAUUAUGGAACAUAAGUGUGGAGUGGAGUAUAAAGAAUAUAAUUCGAAAAUUUUUAUGGGUGGUGAACCCGCUGUACCAAAAAGUGGUAUUUUUUAUCUAAGCACUAGAAAAAACAAACCAUUUGGUUAUGGUCAAGCAGUAAAAAUGAAAAAUCCAGUUCAGCCCGUUGUAAUGAAGCCCGUUGAUUGA